UGAGCACUUGACUCCUUUCUCUCAUACUAGCCCCCACAAAGAAUAUCUAGCAUAUAUAAGGUGUCUUAGUGCCUACUUCAAAUAUUACUAAUAAAAGAAAAUGUCUUUUCAAGUUUCAACAGCAUCAGUAGCUGCUCCAUCCCAAAAUGCAAGGCUAGAAACUAAUCGUCGCUCAGCAAAUUAUCAUCCUAGCAUUUGGGGUGACCAUUUCCUCACAUAUGCUUCUAAUCCUGAAUUCUUGGAAACUGAUAAUGAGAAAGUAAAUGAACAAGUUGAGGAAUUGAAGGAAAAAGUGAGGAAAAUGCUAAUGGCUCCAGGUGAAAAGCCAUCACAAAAGCUGAACUUCAUUGACGCAAUUCAGCGCUUAGGCGUGUCUUACCAUUUUGAAAAAGAGAUUCAAGAAAUUUUACAACAAUUGUACAAGACUCUUCAUGACUGUGAUCAUGACCAUGAAAAUGAUGACGACCUUUACACUGUCGCUCUUCGGUUUCGGUUACUUAGAUACCAUGGUUAUUAUAUUUCGUGUGAUAUGUUCACCAAGUUCAAGGACGACAAAGGAAAUUUCAAGGAAUCACUUAACAAUGAUGCACAAGGAAUGUUGAGCUUGUACGAAGCCACACAUCUCAGGGUGCAUGGGGAAGAUAUACUAGACGAAGCUCUAGUCUUCACUACCACACAUUUUGAGUCGGUAGCAUCUCACUUAAGCCCUCCUCUUGCAGCACAAGUAAGCCAUGCCUUAAAGCAGCCUAUCCGCAAAGGACUACCAAGGCUAGAGGCAAGGCAUUACUUUUCUGUCUACCAAGAAGACGCUUCACAUAACAAAGUCCUUCUUACCUUCGCAAAGUUGGAUUUCAACCUAUUGCAGAAAUUGCACCAGAAAGAACUUUAUGAAAUUACAAGGUGGUGGAAAGACUUGAACUUUUCAAGAGAGUUACCCUUUAUAAGAGACAGAGUGGUUGAGUGUUACUUCUGGAUAUUGGGAGUAUACUUCGAGCCCGAAUAUCCUCUUGCUAGAAGGAUACUAACCAAAGUGAUAGCCAUGACCUCCGUUAUUGAUGACAUUUAUGAUGUAUAUGGCACACUUGAAGAACUUGAGCUCUUUAGUGACGCAAUCGAGAGGUUGACAUUAACACACUUCCUCAUCCUUUAUUCUUCCCUUUGUUAUAUUACUUGGAAAAGUCAAUUCACAAGAGUCUACCUACUUUACAGGUGGGAUAUUGGUGCCAUAGAUCAACUUCCGGAGUACAUGAAAAUGUGUUACCGAGCACUACUAGACAUUUACAGUGAAAUGGAUAAAAAAAUUGGUGAAGGAAGGUCAUAUCGCACUAGAUAUGCAAGAGAAGCGAUGAAGAAUCAGGUUAGAGCUUACUUUCAUGAAGCCAAAUGGUUUCACCAGAAACACAUACCAUCAAUGGAUGAGUAUAUGCGAAUUGCACUGGUUACCUCUGGAUACUCGAUGUUAGCAACCACAUCCUUGGUUGGGAUGGGAGAUAUUGUUACCGAAGAUGCAUUUGAGUGGUUGUUCAGCGACCCUAAAUUGGUAAGAGCUUCAGCAGUGGUUUGCCGGCUCAUGGACGACAUUGUGUCGCAUAAGUUUGAGCAAAAGAGAGGGCACAGUGCCUCGGCUGUUGAAUGCUACAUGAAACAACAUGGUGCUACAGAAGAAGAAGCAAUCAUUGAAUUCCGAAAAGAAAUUGCAGAUGCCUGGAAGGAUAUAAACGAAGAGUGUCUCUAUCCAACCAUUGUCCCCAUGCCCCUUGUGACUCGAAUUCUCAACCUUGCAUGUGUGAUUGAUGUCGUUUAUAAGGAUGAAGAUGGGUACACGCAUGCUGAAAUUGUGCUAAAAGAUUUUGUAGCUUCCUUGCUCGUUGAUCCUGUGCCUUUAUAAGUAUGGAUACUUGCGUGGUGGAUUGUAAUGGCAAGCAUUCGAUACGCUUGUAUUGAGGAGAAAAAUGAACAAAAUAGAAUGAAUUGAUUGAUAAGUAAAUGAAACCCACAUAUUCAUCGAAAAGAGAGUGUGCGGCUCUUGAAAAUGAUAAUUAAUAUCUCUGGUCAAUAUAUAUAUAUAUAUUUUUUAACAUUA